AUGGUCGUCAAGAGUCUGCGCGGCAAGUCGAAUGCCAGUGCGCGUUGGGUGCGUCGACAGUGGAGCGACCCCGUGGUCAAACAGGCCCAACGCGAAGGGCUUCGCUCGCGCGCAGCAAUUAAACUGCGCCAACUGAAUGACCGGUUCCAGCUACUGAAACGCGGCGACGUCGUGCUGGACUUGGGCGCAGCGCCCGGCGGCUGGAGCCAAGUGGCUGUCGAAGCUACUGCCCGAACGAGCAAGAAGCAGCCACAGGGUGCAAGUCGGGAGUCCCUUCCGCGAGUCGUGGCCGUGGACCUCAAAGCCUUUGACCCCGUGGAAGGCGCCGUCAUUGUCGUGGGUGACUUUCGCCAAGCAGCAGUGCGGACACAGCUGAGCAAAGCUCUGGGCGGCCGCAAGGCCGACGUGGUGCUAAGUGACAUGGCGCCGUCGUUUUCGGGCACGUUUCUCACGGACAGCCACGCGCAGUUGCGGUUGUGCCACAACGCGCUCCAGAUGGCCGAGCUCUACUUGCGUCCAGGAGGGAACUUUGUGACCAAGAUCUUGCGCUGCGAAGAGUCUGAAGACUUUCGGGCCGAGCUUAAGUUGGCAUUUGACGUUGUGAAAGCCAUGAAGCCAUCGGCGUCGAGACCCGAGUCCACCGAGAUGUUCCUGGUGGCCAAAGGGUUCAACAAGUGCAUUGCGAGUAGUCGUAGUAACCUGCCAGAGCAAGGAGAGAGGUAG